AUGACGAUGCUCCCGCCGCGGCUCCUCCUCGCGCGCAGCCUGGCGCCGGAGCCAAGCGGGGCGGGAUGGGGGGGACACAACAGCUCGCUGUCCCCAUGGCGGCGGGGGGGGGACACCCCACGGCCCCCCCCAUCGCCCCCCCGCGGCCCGCGCAGGAUCUUCGUGAACCGCAGCCUGGCGCUGGAGAAGAUCAAGUGCUUCGGCUUCGACAUGGACCACACGCUGGCGGUGUACAAGUCCCCCGCCUACGAGGCGCUGGCCUUCGAGCUGCUGCUGCAGCACCUGGUGUCCAUCGGCUACCCCAGGGACAUCCUGGGCUACCGCUACGACCCGGCCUUCCCCACGCGGGGUCUCGUCUUCGACACCCUCCUGGGCAACCUGCUCAAGGUGGAUUCGCACGGGAACCUGCUGGUCUGCGCCCACGGGCGCCGCUUCCUCAGGGGCGCCGAAAUCCUCCACUAUUACCCCAACAAGUUCAUCCAGCGGGACGACACCAAGCGCUUCCACAUCCUCAACACACUCUUCAACCUCACGGAGACCUAUCUCUACGCCUGCCUCGUGGACUUCUUCUCCAACUGCUCCAGAUACGUCAACUGCGACACCGGCUACAAGCACGGGAACCUCUUCAUGUCCUUCCGCAGCCUGUUCCAGGACGUGCGCGAGGCCAUGGACCACGUGCACCUCUCGGGCUGCCUGAAGGAGAAGACCUUGGAGAACCUGGAGAAAUACGUGGUGAAAGACCCCCGCGUCCCGCUGCUCCUCAGCCGCAUGAAGGAGGUGGCCAAGGUCUUCCUGGCCACCAACAGCGACUACAGCUACACGGAUGCCAUCAUGUCCUACCUGUUUGACUUGGGCGGCGAGGACCAGCGUCCCUGGCGCUCCUAUUUCGACCUCAUCGUGGUGGACACCCGCAAGCCGCUCUUCUUCGCCGAGGGCACCGUCCUGCGCCAGGUCAACACGGACACGGGGAAUCUGCGCAUGGGGACCUACACUGGCCCCCUCCAGCACUGCGCCGUCUACUCCGGAGGCUCCUCGGACCUGGUGUGCGACCUGCUGGGCGUCAAGGGCAAAGACAUCCUCUACAUGGGCGACCACAUCUUCGGCGACAUCCUCAAGUCCAAGAAGCGGCAGGGCUGGCGCACCUUCCUCGUGGUGCCCGAGCUGGCCCGCGAGCUGCACGUGUGGACCGAGAAGAGCGAGCUGUUCGAGGAGCUGCGGCGCUUGGACCUCCUGCUGGCCGGGCUCUACCAGGACUUGGACAGCAGCAGCAGCGAGCGCCCGGACAUCAGCUCCAUCAAGCAGCAGAUGCAGCAAGUGGCGCACGAGAUGGACCUGAGCUACGGGAAGCUGGGCAGCCUGUUCCGCUGCGGCUCGCGCCAGACGCUCUUCGCCAGCCAGCUCAUGCGCUACGCCGACCUCUACGCCGCCUCCGUGCUCAACUUCCUCCACUACCCCUUCAGCUACCUGUUCCGCGCGGCGCCCGCGCUGAUGCCGCACGAGUCGACGGUGGGCCACGGGCGCCUGGACGCGGCGGAGGCGGCCGCCGGCCCCCCCAGCCUGCAGGGCUCCAACGUGAAGGAGGAUGAGGGCGGUGAAGCCUGA